AUGCGUGGUGGGGUCUUCUCCGUGCGCUCCGGUUUAUAGCCACAUGCAAAGCAAUAACCUAGAAUGAGACUGAUCAAACAUCCGAGUGCAGGAGUUUUCUUGGAAAACCAUGCACCUCGGUGGGGUAUUCCUGGAAUAAUAAAACGGCAGAGGAUGCAACCGCAACCCAAAGCCACAGCAAAGGCGUUACGCACAUACAAAUAUUGUUAAAGACUAUGAUAGCUGCAUACAUUCAUUACAUUUUUGUUUAUAUAUAAAGUUCACGUUGCAUCGCAAUUUGCAUGCUUAACAAUAUCUUUGUUUUCUGUUGAUACAAGUGAUACGAUAAUGUUAUAUUUAUGGUUAACAGAAUGAACAUAACUGUACAGCUACAAAAGAUACGGGGAAAAUGUUUACGAGAAACAGAUUAAAACGAGUUGAAAAAAACGAACUUGGCCCUGGAACAGAAUCUAACAAGCUGGGCCAGAAAUUCUGCGAUUCAUCGACCCUUCGGAGGAAGAGAAACAUCCCACCCAUGGUACACAACACCACAGGUGCACAACACAGCAUCAAUCGCCGCGAAGCGACGGUGACGCUUGUGCCAGGAUAGGUGCACUUUGAAGCCACCACGUGAAGUGUGGAAGGCUCGCAGACAGGAAGGAGGUCACGGGAGAGACCCCGGUGCCGUGGGAUGAAUGACUGGGGAUGACUGGCAGAUGCACCACCUGUCCAUCUGAGAACCCCCUCGAGUCUACACAAGUGCUUUUUGCGAGCACCUAUGGCGGCCAAAACGACACGCAAGGGAGCGGUGUGGUAAGUCCUAGGUCAGGCCGUCUUUGUCUCCCUAGCGUUGAUGUUUACAGCCUGCACCAGGUACUCAUUUCAGGCUGAGUUGAUCUAAGGUUCAAAUAAUCGUCACUUUCGUUGGUGACCGUUAAAGGGGAAUGGAACUCAGGAUGCUGAGUUCGUUUGCGCAGCGCGCUAAUCAGUGCGCCACCGCUCCCCGCACCCUCCCCCUCUCCCUCCCCUCGUGGCAAGGCGCGUCUGCUGAGCGCAGUCGCUCCCCGCACACUGCAUGCGGCGCUCAGACUCCUCUUCUCGCUCCCUCCGCCUCUCUCUCUCCCUCGUCUCUCUCUCUCUCUCUUGCUCCCAGGUGUAGUCGACGCCUCCAGGUGUAGCGGACACCUCCACGCAGAGCCACGCUCGUGUAACUGCGUCUGUGUCAAGUUCACUUUCGUCCGCGUCCCUGCAUCCUCGCCCACUGACAGGGCGAUUCGCUCCACCUCGGACCUUGUGUCGCACGACCAGGAUUCACACUUCCAACAUUCUGACAGGUUUAGUGCCACCAUGCCGGACAAGGAACGGAUCCUUCCCAUGGUGCUUUGGGGUUUGCACGCCCCGAAUCACUGCGUGUCCAGCCUGCUGCUCACAGAAGACCAGCACACAAUUGUGACCGGAUGCCAAGAUGGGCAGCUCUGCCUAUGGAACCUAGACGAAGAUCUCAAGAUCACACCGCGUGCUCUACUUUUUGGACACUUGGCAGGGGUCACCUGCCUGGGUCGGGCCAACCCGCUCCGCGACCACCCCUACGUCGUCAGCUGCGACGAGAACGGGCAAAUGUGUCUGUGGGAUGUAAGCGAUGGGCGCUGUGUGGAGUUCAGGCAGCAUCCGUACGUACAUACAGAAAUGCAUUACUACAAGUGCCCGUACGGCUCGGCGGACGAGGGCUGGCUGCUCUGCUCGGGCUGCUACAGCGACGUCCUCAUCCUGGACGCGCUCACCCUCAAGGUCCUGGGAUCGCUGGCGUCCAAGGACGCACCCAAUUGGAUGGCCACCAUAAGUGUCCUUAGGUGCACAAGAACGCUCGAGGACAUUGUGGUCGGGGUCUCAGUGGCUGGCUUGCUGAAGGUUUGGAAUCUAAGCACUGUUCUCAACAACAUUCAGGACUCGGAGCCGGUGUUUGAGAAGGAGUCGAUGGCGGUGGAUGGCCUGGAUGCUCAGGCCGUCGCGUUCUGCACCUACACCCAGAGCACCUUGCUGCUCGUCUGCUCACACAUCUGGAAGGUUCUUAGCCUGGAGAACUUCUGUGCACGGUGCUGCAUGCCAAGGACAGCCGAUGGGCCCUGGACCGGGGGUGAUUUUUUGGCUGCAAACAAGGUGCUCGUAUGGACCUCGCGAGGCCAAGGUUACAUCUACAAGCUUCCGGACAGUCCAAAGCAGAUGACAGACUGCAGCUCCUUGAACCACGAGGCCCCACUACUGCUCUACAUUCUUGAAGACACACUCCUGGAGCCGCGCGCGUCCCUGCAGGUGCUGCGCUACGCGGAGGGCCGCACGGAGCCCUUCCACAAGCUGCUGCUGCGCGGGGACUCGGAGGGACGCGUGGACACCUGGCUCAUCCCGGACGUGCUCGUACCCAAGCACGACGGCUCCGUGCAAAAGCUGCCGGUGACUUCGUCCGGCAGCCUGCGCCAAGCGUUCGAGGGGACCGCCUCAGACGCCGUGGCGGCGGAAACGGCCCGGUCUGCACCGGGGGCGGAACACGCGGAGGAGCGCACCGCCCUGGUGUACGCGGUGCCGCACGGCCUGCUGGCGUGCGGCUACUCCGACGGGUGCAUCCUCGUUUAUCCCGCUGCUGCCAUGGCCCUCACGCAUUUUCUAAAGGGUGCCCGAGAUAUUGGACCAGAGUGCACGCUGGGUUUGCUUUGUUCCCCACCGACCGGCUGCCUCGACUUGCCAGGCCACUACGCCCUGCAGGGCCACGGCGGCGCCGUGAGCUGCCUGCUCUACCCGCACGAGGCGGCGAGGCGCUACGACUCGCGCUGGCUGCUCUCGGGCGCAGCCGACUUCUCGGUGCGCCUGUGGGACGUGCUCAGCCAGGAGCUGCUGUGCGCCUUCCAUCCGCACGCGGGCUCCGUCACGCAGCUGCUGCUGCCGCCCGAUAACUGCCAUGAGACGGUGCUGCGUUGCGUGUGCUCUGUGGCGUCCGACCACUCCGUGGCCCUGCUGAGCCUGACGGAGCGGCGGCCCCUCCUCCUGGCGUCGCGUCACGCCUUCCCGGUGCAGGCCGUGCGCUGGAGGGCCGCCGACGACCUGCUGCUCGUGUGCUGCUCCGACGGUUCACUCUACGUCUGGCAGAUGGACAGCGCAGGCGUGCUGGAUCGCUGUGUCGUCGGACUGGCAGCCGAGGAGAUUCUGAGCCUGUGCGACGACCACGACCCAGCGGGGGAGUCCGUGGCGCUUGAGCCCGGGGGGCCGUGGGGGGGCCUCCACAAGUACCCACGGCUGCGCUCCUUCAAGACGCUGCCCGCCCACCGUCGCGCCGUGCAGCCACCGAGCCUUGAAGUGGCUGACAAGGACCUGCUUUCCACGCGUGCCAAACUCCUGCAGGCGUUCACCUUCCAAGCCGUAACGCCGAGCGCGUGUGAUCUGGCCAUCCACCUCAUUUUCUUCGACAUGCAGGCGCUCGUGAGCCUUCUGGCCAUCGAGGAGGCCUUGCCAGGCAAGCCUAGCUUGCCUGUAAAAUUUGAGGGCAGCACGAAGCCGCGCAAGCAUGGCCGGCUGCUCAAGAGGGGAGCCUCAGAGACCAUCCUGCACCUCUGUGAGAACUUCAAGUUGUCCGGCGACAAGGAGGAAAGGGAUGACGGGGCCAAGCAGCGCCAGCAUAGUGCGGAGCCGCUCGCAAAGGUGGACGAUCGGUGCAAGUUGAUGGCGGAGGCUCACGCGCGACUCUUCAUGUCCUGCCUGCACCGGUGGGGCCUGGAUCCCGAGCUGGACAAGCUGUGCACGGGUCGCCUCGGGCUGCUGAGGCCUCAAAUGGCCGUCUCGUUCGUGCUGCUCUCGCAGUGCGGCCACACCAUGGCGGUCGCCCUGCCGGGCUGGGACCUGCUGGAGCAGAGGCCCCUCCGCACGGUUGGGUUCCGCACCGGUGCCGAGGCCUCGCGGCGACGGGAAACGGGGGGCGGCCAAGGGGGCACCUCACUGUCAGUGUCGACACGGAGGCAACUGUCGGUCAUCUCUCUCGCAAGCACUCUGGUGGGAAUGUGCACCACCAACCUCUAUGAAAGUGCCCGGACGAGCAGAGAUGGGCACGGCGGUGAGAACGAAAACGGAUCCCCUCGCAGUGAACGGACAAAGAACGUGGGCACGAAACAAGAGAGCUUGAAUAGCGACAAAGAGGGCGGCCUGAACCAGGCCAAUGGCGGCCUGCCAGGCCUCCUGGCUUCCCUGCAUGCGCAGCCGGUGCUCGUGGACAAGCUGAUCAAGCACUGGGAGGGCGACCUUUUGGAAGGGGCGAGUGGCGAGGCUGGCCCCGUGCAAGCGUGCGACCUGGCUUUGGCCGACAGGCCGGCGCGCCACACUCCCGCGGAAGCCCGGGCAGAUCACCCUCACGCCGCAGCGCAAGACAGCGCGUUGAUGCCGCCCGACGUCGUUCCGAGGGGCAGCGCCGACCGGACGAGGCAAGCGAGCCCCUUUCGUCGAAACAGACACUCGUUGGAGCUGGGCCAGACAGCCGACCUUCUCAAAGUGAGCAAAACCCGCCAUGCGAAAAAGGUCUCUUCCUGCAAAGCGUCGUGACUGGCGACAUGCUGCAACGUCCUCCACGGGAAACUCCUCGCUCACUCGCUCGCUCGCUCACCUUGACACCAACCCAAAGGCUCUUCACUGCUGUGGGGUUUUGUCCUUCCCAAGGAUGUCCGUCUGUUUACCUGUCGGUGAAACGGCAAAUCCGUGCAGUUCACACUGAGAACGUCUUCCUCGGUGAUGUCGCCGCUGUCGUGAUGAUCGCGUUCGCUUCUCAAUGGCAGCCCGUCUUGAUGCAGAAUUGGUGUGCUUGUGCUUGUAUUGCAUCGCCCUCUUAGCUCCCCACCCCCCCCCCCCCCGUAACGAUCGCAGUCAUGGGUCACUCAAAGAGAAUUGUUCUCGAAUGGCAGUUGUCUAUGUUUUGUAAAACGUAUAUUAAUAAAGACUAAAUCCAUAGAUUUAAUUCGGAGGUUUUUAAAGGUAUGGGUUUUAUGAAGUCUACCGUUUGGCAAUAUGUUCUUCAAAAUACGUUUUAUCGUUUCAGGUGUGAUGAGAGCUCAUUUUGUUCAUGUUUUUAAUUUGCACAUUCACGGGAAAUGUGUAAACAACCCGUGGGUUGCAACGGAGGCGUAUUCAUGACAGUGUAUGGUACACCGCGAAUGUGCAGGUGGAUUUUGUGUUUGUUUUUAUAAUUAUGAACAACAUUUUGGAAAUGAUUAUUCGUUUAAUGUCGGGGUGAGUUGAUACAUGUUGCUGGACGACACAUCAAUAUUCCUUCAUAUUCUCAUCUCUAAAACAGGCACACUAUAAAUAAUUAGAUCCCAAAAUUCCAUUUAUUUCCUACGUGUUAAAUUGCUUUAGUCUGCGUUUUAAAUGUCUCCAAUCGGACCGUUACGUGCCUGUAUGGACAAAGUGUGGCUUACUGGCAUUUCAUGUCAGUAUCUUGCUUGAAUAAGUGCCGUUUAUUCAAUUAAAAUAUAUUAAAUUAA